CAGAGGGAGAGAGGGGAAAGCAGUGAUAUUCAUGCACAGUCCAAUCUGGACCAGUCCGAUACUGCUACGUCUCUGGACAAUACCAGUGCAAAAGACUAAUAAAUUAAGAGAUGAUUUAGCAUGUUCGUUUCGUUCGUAGUAUUAUUAAACAUAUAUGGUCUAAUAUCUAUUAGAUAGGACAAGAAUUGCAGUACAAGUGUGCUGUAGAGUGUAUUCGGAAUAGAGGAAUAGUCUAUAGUUUCUUUGCGGUUUAUUGUUAUAUAAAGUAAGCGGAUUUAUCAACAAAACGGAUGACAAUAUCGAGAAGAGAGGAAUAUUAAAGCACCUUAUUGUACCGUAAAGACUGCAGUAUAUUCCGGGGGAAAUUGAAGCGUUCAACCGCAUUAUCCUCUUAAAAAAAAGAAGCGGUAUCCCACCGAUAAGAGCGCAGCGGUUCACCGCACCAGCCUUCACCGGCGUCCCGGCGCCCAGGAGCGGCUACGGGAGGUACGCGAGUCCCGAUGCUCCCGGCCUUCUCCACCCCAGCGGGCCGCAAUGGGGGAGACGAAAAUUAUCUACCACCUGGACGACCAGGAGACUCCGUACCUGGUCAAAGUACCAGUCCCGGCCGAAGAAGUCACUCUGGCCCACUUUAAACAAGUCCUCAAUAAACCCAACUAUAAAUUUUUCUUCAAGUCAAUGGACGAUGAUUUCGGGGUUGUGAAGGAAGAGAUUUCGGAUGAUAACGCCAAGUUGCCAUGUUUCAACGGCCGUGUAGUGUCAUGGUUGGUCUCAGCCGAUGGCUCUCACGGUUCAGAUGGAGGUUCGGUGUGUGCAGAGACACAGGCCGAUCUUCCUCCUCCAUUAGAGAGGACCGGGGGCAUUGGGGACUCCAGACCGCCCUCCUUCCAUGCCAACGCAGCGGGCAGUCAGGACAACCUGGACAACGACACGGAGGCUGACGUGGGCACUUCAGUGCGGAGAGAGCGAGAGCGAGACAGGGAUAGAGAAAGAGAGAGACCACGCAGGAAAGACACCCAUGACCAUGGAGGCAGACUGAAUGGUCACUCCAGGCCCGAGCGAAGGCCUGAGAUUGCGGGUUAUGAGACCUCGUCCACGCUCAUGAGCAGUGAACUGGACACCACCAGCUUCUUCGACUCGGAGGAGGAUGACUCCACUAGCCGUUUCAGCAGCUCUACAGAGCAAAGCACAUCAUCACGGCUCAUGAGACGACAUCGCCGUCGCCGACGGAAAACCAAACCACCACGGAUGGAGAGGUCGUCCUCCUUCAGCAGCAUAACUGACUCCACCAUGUCUCUGAACAUCAUCACUGUCACAUUAAACAUGGAGAAGUACAACUUCCUGGGCAUCAGCAUCGUGGGUCAGAGUAACGAGAGAGGCGACGGUGGCAUCUACAUCGGCUCCAUAAUGAAGGGUGGAGCCGUAGCAGCCGAUGGACGCAUCGAGCCAGGCGAUAUGCUACUCCAGGUGAACGACAUUAACUUUGAGAACAUGAGCAAUGACGACGCUGUGAGGGUCUUGAGAGAAAUAGUGCACAAACCAGGGCCUAUCACGCUGACAGUGGCUAAGUGUUGGGACCCAAAUCCCCGAAGCUGCUUUACCUUGCCUCGCAGUGAGCCAAUCCGCCCGAUCGAUCCUGCUGCCUGGGUGUCUCACACCGCUGCGAUGACGGGGGCGUACCCAGUGUACGGCCUGAGUCCUUCCAUGAGCACCAUCACCUCCACCAGCUCCUCCAUCACCAGCUCCAUUCCAGAGACUGAACGUUUCGAGGACUUCCACUUGUCCAUUCACAGCGAUAUGGCGACCAUCGCUAAAGCGAUGGCAUCCCCAGAAUCAGGGCUGGAGGUGCGAGACAGGAUGUGGCUGAAAAUAACCAUCCCAAAUGCCUUUAUAGGUUCAGAUGUGGUGGACUGGCUCUAUCAUCACGUGGAAGGUUUCACAGACCGACGUGAAGCGCGGAAGUACGCGAGCAACUUGCUGAAGGCUGGCUACAUUCGCCACACUGUCAACAAGAUCACCUUCUCUGAGCAGUGCUACUACAUCUUUGGAGAUCUCUGUGGCAAUAUGGCUAAUCUCUCUUUGCAUGAUCAUGACGGCUCUAGUGCAUCUGACCAGGACACUCUUGCCCCCCUGCCCCACCCAGGAGCUGCUCCGUGGCCGUUUGCUUUCCCCUAUCAGUACCCCCUCCCUCAGCCUUACAGUCCCCACCCAGUGCAAGACCAAGCCUACAGCCACACAGGAGGAGGGGGAGGAGGAGGAGCAGGAGGCAGUGCCGGCAGCCCACACAGUGAAGGGAGUCGCAGCAGCGGUUCAAACCGCAGUGGUAAUAAGGCUGGUGCGUUGGAGACAAAGUCGGGCGGGAGCGGUAGUGAGACUGAGAAAAGAGAGAAGGCGCUUAGUGAGCGCUCAGCAGCCCCUCCUAGUGAGCACAGUAUCCACAGUACCCACAGCACGCUCUCACAAGGCCAAAACUCGUCGUGCGGACCUCCUGCGGCUGCCGCGCCGGGUUCUCCACCAGGCCGAGACCUGGCAUCAGUGCCCCCCGAACUCACAGCGUCCCGCCAGUCCUUCCGCAUGGCCAUGGGCAACCCCAGCGAGUUCUUCGUGGAUGUCAUGUGAUGCAGUUCAGGUGACUAAUAGACACCUGAUAGUCAUGCGGAUAGAGAGAUUUCUGGAAAAUGUACUAGGUAACCCUUGUAAGUGAUGAAGGGAAGUGGUGCCGAGUGUUCCAUUGCAUUGUCCCUCCUGUGUCCUGUGGCUUGUACUUUCUUCAGUGAAGAAGACUGAGAUGGAUGGAGCUGGUAUCCCUGUGUCCUGCAGAGGUUCUGUGUGAUAGAGGGAUGGGCUCAGAGUGGCGUGAAUAUGUUCUGUGUGGUGUCCUUUUUAUGUCCUGCAUUUCUGUCUGCCUUUUUUCCUUUUGCGGUUUCUUAACCUCAUCAAGAGCCGUUUUUUUUAUCAAAGACUACAAAACAGAGACCAGGGAGAGGGAAGGUGGAGGUAGCACCUCUCUCUGUGGCUUUUGCUUUUAAAGAAUGAAGUGAAAUAAUAUUUCAUAGCGAUUCAAAUCAAAAAAGAUGCUAUCAUGAGAAACUAUAGAUAACUGUUUUAUAUUUGACUUGUCUUGUACGUUCUUUGUCAGUAAUCAUAUGAAGAGUGGGAAAGAGAGGGGGUAAAAACAGUGUUUUAAUUACAGUGGGGUCUCAGGGGUGCUAGUUCCAGCCAGAGGCCCUCUAUUUGUUCUACAAAUCAGACCAACGGGAGUCUAAGUUGUUUACUGUAUUACAAAUAAAUAUGACUGGGUAACCUAUAUGUAGGAAAAUCAUGUCUACUUGUGUUAAACGUAAAUUUGACACAUAUAUCUACCGUCUCUCGGAUAACCUCAGGCUGUGAGAAGGCGUGUCUUUGUGUUAAGCAAAGCUAAGUACCCGUCAUUAUUCAAAGAAGGACGUCGAUUGUAGCCACGAAGAAGACAGUGUUCUCAGUGUGGGUUUCUUUAUUACCCAAAACCACCACCAUCACUGCACUGACCAGCUUGCAAAUUUGCUUUAAAAUGAAGCUAGUACCAAUUAUUUGUUUAUAAAUGCGGUUUUGACGUUGUAGCACACAAGCGUUGCCUACAAGAAAAUUGAAAACAUCAUUAAUCAUCUGUCCAAAUAUGAAUAACCGAAACAGGUUAAAGUAUUGCUGAGCAUAAACGUCUAUAAUAAAGACAACUCCCAACACACUACACUCACAGCUACCUGCAUUUAGUUCCCUUCGAGCAGUGUCUCGAGAAGAAGAAAACAACGAGGAAAAGGCUAUUUGGACUGGACUAAUUUUAUAUGGGGAGGUUGCAUAAUGUAACUACAGCUUCUCUGUGAUUUUAAUCCCAUGCGAUCUGGUCAUGUCAGUUAUUUUUCCUGAUUGUGCGUUCCUGUGCCGAUGCCUCAGCGUCUUUUACCUUCUAUGAAACGAACUGUAAAAAUAACCCCCGGUUAAACUAAUCCCAUGCGAGUUUGAUUAUAGAAUCACAAUAAAUUUUGGGCAUUAACAUAAUAAUAUGUGCAGUAGACUGUGUACAUUUUUAAAAUUUCUACCAUUUAUCAGAACAGGCCACGCCCAUGCCACAAUGAUAGGGAGCAUACAUUGAGACCUAAAUUGGUAUUCAUAUUUUAUCGUAAUUUAUUUGGGUGCCAGAGUGAUAAUAUUGGAUCCAGAUUUUAUCUCACUUUUCAUCACGAUAAUGGAAAUAAUUGAAAUUUGAAACCCUGAUUGAAAUUAUUGAAAACAUUUUUUUUUUUAAAUAAAUCUAUAGGUUUACUGUAUGUUCUUACAAAAGGAUUUUGGUUCUUUGCAUUAUCCCUUACUUACCAGAUAACAUGGAACGCACAAAUGUGAUUUAUAGUAGUUUAUUGUAUAACAUCUGUCACAUUUAAAAAUGCAGACUAAUUAGUGCACUUUGUUUUAUUUUAAAACUUAAAACAAUUCUAAUAAUAAUCUGGGUUUAAUUGACACCUGUGACCCCCUUCUAUGUCCUUCUCUUUCUUACUCUUCCAACUGCAAUGCAUCACAUAAAUCUGUUGUUUUAUCAAUAACAUGAACAUCCUGUAUUUUUACAGUCUAAUGAUUCUUUGUAUUACUGUAAACUUUUUUUCCCCAAAAAAAUACAUUUAUCACAGGUUUUUAAUGAUUAGAAACCGAUGUUUAGUAUCAAAUGGUUCAAUUUUAAUAAUCGCUGUACACUGUUUUAUGCCAAAACAAAUUGUUUUUAUUUAUAAACAUAGUUUUAUUGCCUA